AUGCCGCUUUUAUACAGACCCGAUCCUACAAGGAAAAGAAUUCCCGACGGAGACUUAGGUGCAGAUAAUCAAAGUGCUGUAGAAGAUUCUUUAGUAACACUCCUCAAAGAAAUGAGAUAUGGUGUCAUGAACAUCAUAGAGUCAAAAAGAAAACUCAAUGUACUCCCAGGUAAAAGUGUCGUUGCAGAAGAAAUUGAAGAUCAUACAGAAACUGAAGUUGAUUACAGUAUUGAAAAUCCUAAAAAAACAGAGUAUGGUGUACUAGUGGACCAUCAGGUUUAA